GCUCACUCAGCUCUAACCUACACACUCAAACACACACCAGUGGCGGCGGCGGCAAUGGCCUCUCCUUGCACCGUCGUCGUCCUCCUCCUCCCUUUCAUCGCUGCAGCCGCCGCCGUGGACGACGCCGCUCCGGCGCCGGCGUCUCCUCAGCUCAACCUCACCGGCAUCCUCGAGAAGGGCGGGCAGUACAGCACGCUGCUCCGCCUCCUGAACGCCACCCGCGUCAACGAGCAGCUGAGCAGCCAGCUCAGGAGCACCUAUGACGGCCUCACCGUCUUCGCCCCGACCGACGCCGCCUUCGCGGCGCUCCGGCCCGGCACGCUCAACGGCCUCACCGACCAGGAGCAGGUGCAGCUGAUGCUCUACCACGUCCUCCCCCGCUACUACAGCCUCACCACGUUCCAGACGGCCAGCAACCCGCUGCGCACGCAGGCGUCCGGCCCCGGCGGCGUCUACACCGUCAACGUCACCACCACCACCGGCCAGAGCCUCGUCAACGUGUCCACGGGCCUCGCCGCCGUGCCCGUCGGCACCACGCUCUUCGCGCAGUUCCCGCUCGCCGUGUACUCCGUCGACGGCGUGCUCCUGCCCGAGCAGAUGUCCGGCGCCGGGGGCAAGGCCAACAAGGCGCCGGCGCCGGCGCCCGCAUCGGCUGGGAAGGCCAAGGAGCGCAGGAAGGGCGGCUCCGUGCCCAAGAACGAGGUCGUGGCCACCGCGCCGACAGCCGGAGAUGGAGAAGAUUCAGCGGAGAGCACCAACGCGGCUGCCGUUGCCGGAGCAGGCGUCGCGUGGGGCGCCGUUUGGGGUGUUGCUCUCGUCGGGGUUGUCAAUCUUGUCAUGGCGUAGAAAGCGUGUACUUGUCUUUUUCCUUGGGCAUUUUAAUUUUGUUCAUUUCGUUCCAAACUUAUACGUACGUCUUCAUUGCAUGCAUGUGUCCUUAAUUUGUAUGUAUGCGCAAGAAUGUUUAUGUUUCAUGAUGAUUAUUCACCCUCGGUGAAAUUCUUCACUGGCUUGGUAUAUAUAUUAAUC